CCACAACACCUCCACGGGUUCCCUGCAGCCUCUCCACGCCCCACCCACUUCCAUCACCUGCCAUUCCUCCCCCUUUCUUGCUUUGCAGCCUGCUUGUGCUUCCCCCGAUCUAGUAACCAGCUUCUUCCUGUCUUCACAGGCUUCCACCUCAGCCUCCUCCUUACCCACUCCACGUGCAGCCAUGGCCGCUAUCUCCAUGAGCAUGACCCCUAUGGUCCUGGCGGCCAAGGGCAAGCAGGAGGAGUCCUUCUUCGACUGGCUCGACAACGCCGCCGUGAAGCGGGUGUCGUGGACCGAGACUGACUCGACCCUCGUGAACCUGAAGGAGGGUGGCAAGGCUGGGACGCAGUCCAAGUCUGUGAAGAAGCCUGCUCAGAAGCCCAAAUGGAAGAAGUAAACGCAGGGUGUUCUGUUACUCCAAGCUCACUGGGCAUAGGAUACAGCACUCCACAUCCAGUGUAACUAGCUCGAUUCUUUAUUGAGGCCAUUUUCCUCCACAGGAAUGGUGGCAUUGAUUGAAUACCUAUGCUCUUUGAUCUUGAUCCUUGCAUUUGACGAUGCCAAAGCAGUUCGGGCAAAUGCUUCAGGCAAGUGAACCCCUCAAGGUUUCUAGAAAUUGAACACUUGUCAAAUACCGACAGGU